AUGCUUUCACAAUUCAUUACCUUCCUCGCCCUUACCGGCUGCGUAGCCGCCGCUCCUAACCUAAGAGCCGCAAAGUGUAUAUCUUACACCAUCAUCAAUACCCGCGGCACCGGCGAACUCCAAGGUCCCUCCGCUGGCUUCCGCACCAUGAACUCCCAGAUCACAUCCCAACUCCCCGGCGGCAAGAUCUACAACACUGUGUACCCCGCCGGUUGGGACCAAAACUCUGCACAGGGAACGCAGGACAUCAUCCGCGAGGUGAAGAGCGUCUUGGCGUCUAACCCUAGUGAAUGUUUCAUCUUGGAGGGUUACUCCCAGGGCGCUGCGGCGACCGUGAACGCGUUGUCGCAGCUGACGGGGAAUGCUGGGGAUGCUGUUAAGGGGGUGUUUCUGAUUGGUGACCCGUUGCAUAAGAGCGGGUUGGCGUGUAAUGUUGAUAACAAUGGUGGUACGACGACUCAGAAUGUCAAUGGGCUUGAGGCUUUUGGGGGUGGAGGUAUUCCACAGAACUGGGUCUCUCGCACGCUUGAUGUUUGUAUCUUUGGCGAUGGAGUCUGUGAUACGACACAUGGGUAUGGCAUCAAUGCUCAGCAUCUUGAGUAUCCCAAUGAUCCAGAGACUCAGAAGCUCGGAACAACUUUUGUUGUCAAGAAGUUGACUGGGUAA